AUGCCAGAAGAGACUUUCUCUCGUUUUCCAGCGAUCAGGCCCCGCACUCUCAUUCCAGAGGAUGAUGAUCCGCGCAGGCCUGAGAUUAUCCCUAUAGAGUCGCAGAACUUUCCGGGACCUGGAAUGCUGGCAGUAACAGUUCACAGGGGUAUGGGCUUAUCAGUCCCACAAUUUGAAGCAGUAUCCAAGCAAUCUGAAAGACGUCGGUCUAAUCGCUGGAGCAUGCCCUAUACUAUCCUGGAGUGCGAUGGAUCUGAAGUCUCUAUCAGCGCCUUUGAUGGGACCAAAGAAAGCCCAAAUUGGAGACCAACGGGAAAGAAGACGUUUGACAUUUUCAGAGCCACACAGUUGACAAUACGUCUAUAUGCGAGAAACCCGAACAGUUGGUACAAUGAAAGAAGUCAGGAUGUAUUUAUUGGUUCCGCGAAAAUGAACCUUGCUUUAGGAGACGACGACUCUCAUCAAAUGGAAUGGCUGACAAUCGAGAAUGGCACUGGAAAAUUGCUUGUUGAGAGCGAAUAUAGCAAGAACAAGAGUCUGCAAAUCCAAGUUUGGGAGGAAUCCCAUUCCAUUGGACACAGUCGCUUCAAAUCUGUGUAUAAACUCAAGAAAGACUCAACUAAACGCUUCUAUGCAUCCACCACUAUCCAGAAAGACACCAUUUUAUCACAUUCCCCUGACAUACUACGGUCAUUACCCCUUUCACCAAUCAACAAUAUCCCCUUUAUCGCACCACUCAAAUUCAUCGCACAAACACGCUCAUAUAUCUCUUUAUACUGGCCGUUCAUUUCAGGUGGACACCUUUUCUACCAUCUGCAACAAGCGUUACUGUUUGAGGAGGACAGGGCAAGAUUGUAUGCUGCAGAGAUGCUUAUCGCACUGGAGCAGCUACAUGAAGUAGAUCCUUCUUAUCACGAGUUGAAGCCCAAGAAUAUUCUCCUUGAUUCCGUGGGCCAUGUUGUUCUGUGCGAUCUAGGCUUUUUGCAUCUAGAGACAAGUGACAUGGAAAAAACGAUUGAUGUUACGUUAGACUACCAAGCUCCUGAAUUACUUUCGAGAAAAGGUAUAUUAUCAACUGAGACUUCCACCAGCGCAUCAAAGUGGUGGACGUUGGGGUCUUUCCUGUUCGAGAUGCUGACAGGCUUGCCUCCGUUUUACGACGAAGACGCAGAGCAAAGACAUCACAAUAUCCUCUCAGAACAACCUCUUGAGAAAUCCAAAUAUCUAUCAGAAUCCGCACACGAUCUUCUGAACAAGCUUCUUUCUCGCAAACCAGAAGAUCGACUAGGAGUGAGACAUGGGGCAGCUGAAAUUAAGGCUCAUCGCUUUUUCGAUGACCUUGAUUGGGAUAAAGUUGCACAGCGGGAAUAUGAACCUGCUUUCAAGCCUCAUAAAUGUGAGAUGGUCUUUUCACAAGAAAAAUAUCCUCCACAGACAACAUGGGAGGAUAUUGUCGCGGCUUGGAACUAUAACAACCCUCCAAGUGAGAACGCGCCUCCAAGCAUCAAAGGACUGACUGUGGUUGAAUCCCAUGAAGGAUCGACUGAGCAGAAGGCAGCUGAGCAGAAAGAUGACUGGGAGUUGAUAUGGCAACGCCAGAGCCAAAAAUUCCAUUUCUAUAAUCGCUCCACAAAGACCGAAAAGCCCAUAAACUCAAACCGAGAGAAGCAGUCUCAAAAUCGAUCGUCCAAAGCUAGAUCUAAAAAGCGCCAGGGCAUAGCUACCAAUUUCAACGCCAACAACGUCGAUACUUCUUCACCAGAUGCAGCGCAAUGCCAGGAGGCAUUCGAAGCAGUGCUGGAAAAUCAAUAUAUGCACCUGUUGCCCAAGCUGCUGAAAGAGUAUAGCAUCAAUCUUGACAUUGAACUCAAGUUUGCCCGGACAACACCAAUACAUUAUGUCACAAAGUUGGGAGACGUUGAGACCGUACGACUAUUCCUCGAGAAUGGCGCCGACGCUAACCAGGAUCAUUCAUGUGUUUUGGGAGGCCAAACUUUACUUACCGCAGUAAAAAAAGGAAACCAAGAGCUCACAGAAAUCCUUGUUCAAAGAACAGACCGCGUGCCUCGCACCAGAGCGUUGGCGCAUGCCGUCAGCAAAAAUGAUCUCCCGAUUAUCAAUACCUUGCUCGCGAACGGGGCCAAAUGCGAUUUUGAAGAUUCAGAUCGACCACAAGGCCCCGGUGCUUGCGUGGACGGUUUGGAGUGGGAGCUGGAUGCAACAAUAGAAGACAUAUCCGAGCCGGACGAGUACAUCCCACCACUCGUUAGGGCUAUCCUUUUUGGUGACGUGGACCUUGUGCAGUUGUUACUCGAUCAUGGCGCAGAUCCCAAUAUCGGCUAUCACGAUCUGAGCAACUUCGAGCCGGGUUUCACUUUCAUGGAUAUGUCUGAACGAUUUUACAUGUGCUGUGGGAGACCAAUACAGGUGGCCAUGGAGCUGGGAUAUCGAGACAAAGUUCAGGUAUUGCUUAGUUACGGCGCAGAUAUCGACCUUCCUCAGCCAGUUUGGCAGCAUCAUGACUGCAAAAUGAUACCAAGGGAAAUGCAUCACAAAAUCAUAGCUAGACUUAGGUCAGAGGCAGGAUCGGUAGCUGCCUAA